AUGAAAUAUAAAAAUGGUAAACGUUCAAUCGUGACCCCAACAACAAUCAGUAUAGCAGGCACAUUACUGACAUUACUUCUUCUAGCAAAAUUAUUCAUAUCCAAUUUCUCCAUAGGUAAAAUCAUCGCAUUACCAAUCACACUACUCUCACUGAUAUUUUCACCGUCAUCAUUUUCCUCAUCAUCUUCAUCUUCCUCAGCAUUAUUUAAGGCAUAUGUACCCAAUUUUAGAAACGUACCUGGUGUAGAAUUCUACGAUUUGGGCAAUUAUCAAGGUAACAAGGACGGAUGGCAAAGAAAUGAUAGAAUCUUAUUUUGUGUGCCAUUAAGAGACGCUGCAGAACAUCUACCCAUGUUCUUUGACCAUUUAAACAAGAUGACAUACCCACACAAUUUAAUCGACUUAUCAUUCCUUGUCAGUGACUCCUCAGAUAAUACCAUGGGCGUACUACUAUCCAAUUUACAAAAUGCUCAAUCGCAACAGGAUAGAUCAAAAAGAUUCGGUAAUAUUGAAAUAUUUGAAAAGGAUUUCGGUCAGAUUAUAGGUCAAUCAUUCUCUGAUAGACAUGGGUUCAAAGCACAGGGUCCCAGAAGAAAAUUAAUGGCAAGAGCUCGUAAUUGGUUGGGUUCUGUUGCGAUUAAACCGUAUCAUUCGUGGGUAUAUUGGCGUGAUGUCGACGUGGAGACCAUCCCAAGAACCAUCAUGGAAGAUUUAAUGCAUCAUGAUAAAGAUGUCAUUGUCCCCAACGUUUGGAGACCAUUACCGGAUUGGUUAGGGAAUAUUCAACCUUAUGAUUUAAAUUCAUGGCAAGAAUCCGAAGGUGGGUUACAAUUGGCAAAUUCAUUGGAUGAAGACGCCGUCAUUGUGGAAGGGUAUCCAGAAUAUGCUACUUGGAGACCCCAUUUGGCAUACAUGAGAGACCCCAAUGGGAACCCAGAAGAUGAAAUGGAAUUGAAUGGGAUUGGUGGUGUUUCCAUUUUGUCAAAGGCUAAAGUAUUUAGAUCGGGUUCUCAUUUCCCUGCUUUUUCAUUCGAGAAGCAUGCUGAAACAGAAGCUUUCGGGAAAUUAUCAAGAAGAAUGAAUUUUAACGUCAUUGGACUGCCUCAUUAUGUCAUUUGGCAUAUUUAUGAACCAUCAAAGGAAGAUUUGAAACAUAUGGCUUGGAUGGCCGAAGAAGAGAAGAGAAAAUUAGAGGAAACAAGAUUAUUAGAACUUUAUGAUAAGAUUUGGGAAAUUGGAUUCGAUGACGUUAGAGAAGAUUGGACUUCAGAGAGAGAUGCCAUCUUGAAAAACAUUGAUUUAACCGGUGAAAAUGGUAAGAAGAUAGAAGUAGAUUGGUCAGAUGAUCCAGAAGAUAACCAGGCACCUAAUGCACAACUUGCACAAAAUGAAAAUAUGGAAAGUACAGAAAAUCCUCAGGGUGAUAUUGGACGUGCCAAAUAUCCAAAGGAAGUACCUCUAGAAUUCGAUCCAGAUAAGAACUAA